AUGCCACACUCGAAUCAAACAUUCUACAUCCUGCACGCACCUGCAUCCGGUGAUAGGGUCGUGGCUAGCCUCAUUUUGCCGGUAUUGGAAGAAAUGAGGUCUUUGGCUAUCCAGCCUAUUGGAGUUCUUUGCCUCUACACCAUAUACGAAGAUGAUAGUAUAAAAGAGAAGACGAAAGCCUUUGUCGAUGUAAUAGACAUGGCUGGAAACUUACUAACAUCGACUGCCAUUAAUAAGCCAACAAUUGCCUUUGCUACCGUCAACUAUGCUACCACCCACUUCUCAAACUCAGGCCCAGAUGAUAUAGAUCAUCUUGAUGACGAAGUCAAGUUGCCCAUUGCCGAAUUUUGGGCUAGAAGUCCUACGAUUAACAGUACUUUAUACGUUCAUGACGGCACAAGCGACUCGGGAGCAGAAAUAAUACAGUAUCUGAUCGAUCACGGAAACCCAGCACUAUAUUCCAUGUCGAGUGAUGGUGCAACUGAGACGGACGACGUUAAAGGAAAAAUGGGCGUCCAAGAAUCUCCACACUACCAGCAGAGGCGCCAUGCCACUGCAUUCGAACCUCGGAUAAGCGAGGGUACGCCGCGCAUGAUGCAGAUGGAAGACAUGGAGCCGCUGUCAAACGAAUCUGUGGCCGAAGCAUCGAACACGAACCCUUUUCCGAGGGACGAAUUCGAGAUUGAGAGAAGUCAAGACUAUCUCCCGAGAAGCGUCGAUACUCUUGAAAAGCACCCCUUCGAGACAGAAACUCCUACGUUUAUCGAUACCCAUCCAGAAUAUAGAACCGAUUGGUUGGAGAUGAAGAUGCAUCUUGCCGAGAUGGAAGAGCAAAUCAUUGAGGUACAAGACAUGUGGCGACAUGAUCAUGUAAACCUGAGGCGACGCGUAUCAGAAUUGCAGACACGAGUCACGUCAUUGUCGCCGAAGACAAGUAACCACGAAACAGUACUGGACUCUGGUGGCGGUACCCAGAAUUUAUAUCCUAGUUUUAUGUCUCGUCGUUCUGUACUCACAGGGCCAAAAACAUCGGGAACAACACUACCAGACUCUUCCACAGUGUUGCCAGAUAGGCUAGAGUCAACCACCAGCGAAGUGACUGUACCAUUAGGUGAGCUUGCUUCUCAUUCCACGCAAGUGAAUCAAGUGUUGGCUGGCAUUUCAACAGCCAGCAGCCUUGCUUCGCCUAAUGGACCUGCAUUUGAGAGUCACCCUUUGAGAUCACAAGGGCAUUCGAUGGGGGUUUCAAUUGAUGAUGACCUUCACAUCGCAGCAAGAUCUACCACUGAGAGCGGAUUACAUUCUCUUGAUGCUGUUCUCAACACGUCACAGCAUUAUCGAUCUCUUGAGGAGCUGGAGCACAGAGUUGUUCAAUUUCUUGGUUUGGACAGACCCCGUUGGAGCGAAUCUCAAGCAUGGUUGAAUGCUAACUCGACCGACAACAGCUACAAGCAAGGCCUGGCCAAGCUUGUGGGUGCUUUCUCCAUCAUUCAUGACACGGGAUUCUGUGGUGACGAAUUCAGUAUCCUGAUUGAAGAUCAAGAUCGUAAAGAUGUUGCUCUGGCAUGUGCUAUCACCAGCGAUGAACUUCGGUCUCUGCGCGACUCUUUCGCAGCAAUGACCGAUUCAUACUCAGCCAGGGCAAGGGUCACCUUCGACUCUCUAAGUAUUAAUCUGUCCCGCAGACUUCAAGGUACCACGCAGAGUGAAUAUAUCAAUCGUGAGAUCAGACCUGUUGGCGAAGUUCCAAACUCUGGAAGAUCAUCAACAUUGAAAUUUAUUUACAGGGUUUUGGCGCUUGGACUUAUAUCAUUUACGGGUUCUCAUGUUUGCAGGUUCGACCAAAGCACUUUGGAUGAGUCAUGUGAGGGCUUUGAUGUCGGAGAGGGCUACAAAUUCGUCCUUCGAGAUCUGGCUUGCUUGGAAAGAUUCAUUGGUGGACCUGUAUGGGUUCUAGUGAAGGAUACUACGAUCCUGGAAGCUCCCAAGUUGAAGGUCUCCCUGACAUUACAACAAUUUGCUGGUCUUUGGGGACCGCUGUGGACCAUCAAUGGUCCGCAAGACUCAAAUCCGCUUAGGUGCCUGAUUCGCACGGAACGUGGAUACAUCGUUCCUUCGCCCGAUGACAACUCGAAGCGGGAUCAGUCUCGGGAAGUCGAGUGCCAUUGGAUGGCAGAGCUGCCAGUUUCGACGUACAACGGAUUGCUUUCAACACCUGAGCUUAACUUGUUCGAGUCGUCGCAGCUAUUGAUUGGAUCCGAAAACGCUGGGCAAGAACCUUUUCAUGUGAAUGCAAAAUGCUGUACACGGAUUGAAAUGGCAGGGCAGCGGGUUGCCAAAUACCUUCAGGUUUCAGGAACUUCUGCUGCUCACUACAUCAGCGACGGAUAUGAGUUCGGACUUAGUGGGAACCAAUAUAUUGGUAUGAUAGGGACUAAGACGUGGAAGAGGAUUCCCGCCCGAACACAGAAAACUGUGCUCGUUGAGCAAUGUACAAAGCCGGAAACUCCACUUGUCCCAAUCCUCAAGUUACGUAUUGGACUAGAAGUCAGUGCCUGUACUGGCAAUGCUCAGAGAACAACGCUAUGGGACGCGCUGCGCCUUGCUCAGAAGCGCUCAAAGGACACACUGCUUCCGGCCCCAGGACAACAUGAUACCGCAAAGACAUGCAGUCACGGUAUCGGUGAUAUCGACUGUAUGCAGUCAUGUUGGAACAUUCAGCGAAACCUGGACGGAAUUGAUGCCGUUCCGAAUACUCAACUCGACCAAAAAACUCUCAGAAAGACCAUCAUACAGUCCAUACUUAUGCUUCAAGACACUGGCGUCGACCACAAUGAAGAACUACAAGCAUGGUGGCCAUUCACCGAUGCACCGAUGACGCGCAGAAUCCCACAACUCGAGCCCGCAGAUGGCAUCACCAGCUACUGGAUCCCGAUUCUGAAAGACACCAGAGAUUGCUCGACAUUUGCAGUCCUGAGCCAGCGUUGCUUGGAAUUCCGGGACAAGGGACUUCGUCGGGCGUGUUAUAAAUCAAAAAUAUCGUCAUUCACAAUCGAGGCCAGCGGUGCUGCCAAAGACAAAUCACUCACCAUAGCUCCAAACACGUCCGCUCCCAUUGACACCAGCUUUAAAACUGACAAAAAUCCCAAGGACCCGACUGUUCUCAAAACACGGUUUGCACUUGAGGUACCCUUGACCUCGAAAAAACUCUGGCCAGAUCCGACUACCACCAUGCCAUCCUCGUCCGCAGUGACACAAGCCAAAAUCGAGGGACCACUGCUUGGGAAAGGGGCCUGCCUGGAAAUCGGCCAAGGCACCAUCCUGACCGUGGCCAGAGCCAUGGGCAAAGCGCCGCCGCCGCAGCAGCAGCAGCCGCAGACCUUGAUCCUCAAGCGUGCCCGUUUGACGAUGGAUUUCAGCCAUGCAUCGCGUUGGGUCCAGCACAGAAUCCGCGGCAAGGCGUCUCGCGGCUUCGAGCAGAUCUGCGACGAUGUCUCAACGGGCUACUCUGUAGACGUGUUUGUGUAUUAG